UCUGGUUCCGGUUGUGAGUCCCGGAGGAGGCCGAGCUGUGAGGCCGCUCUCCUCGCUCUCUCUCCGGGCAGCAGCAGCAGCAGCAGUCGGGUCUAAACCUCCGCAGCUCUUCGUGUUUAUCUCGGAUUCACUCGGUCUUCUUCGGAUCUUUCUUCCCGCUGCUUCGUGAGUUUUCCCGCUGCUGAUGAAGAAUGAAGCCGUACAGGAAGUGGCUGCUGCUGGUCCUGCUGGUCUGGCUCCUCCUCUUCCUAUCCCUGCUGUGUCACUUCCUGGACCUCAGACCCUCCUUGCUGCCUCGAUCCAGAUCCGCCUCAGACUCUGGACUCACCGGGACCGAAACCCACUGCCUGAGACCUGCUGGAGUCUCGGAGACGGACUGGAGGAGGAGGAGGUCUAAGGACUACUACAGCUCCAGGUCUCUGGAGAUCCUGCAGAGACUAUGGAGUGGGAACCUGACCGCGGAGAUGCUGAGUCCUCGUCUCCAGAAGGUCCUGAAGGUCCAGCUGAGCUCCAACAGGCACCAGGUGGUUCACCGGCCGAGGGGCGUCCACAGGUCCGGCCCGGAUCUGUACUGCGAGCUGAAGAGGAGGACCAGGAUCCGGACCGUGGACGGGACCGAGGAGCCGUUCUCCGGUCUGGGCUGGGAACGUCUGGUGCCUUCACUGCCCCUCAGAACGUCCCAGUACCAGAGGUGUGCCGUGGUGACGUCAGCCGGGGCGGUCCUGAACUCAUCGCUGGGGGGGGAGAUCGACUCCCAUGAUGCAGUUCUUCGCUUCAACGCCGCCCCCACCAGAGGCUUCGAGAGAGACGUGGGGAACAAGACCACGAUCCGCAUCAUCAACUCCCAGAUCGUGGCUCAGCCCAAACAUCGGUUCAGCAGCAGCUCGUUGUAUCAGGACGUCACUCUGCUGGUCUGGGAUCCAGCUCAGUACUCCUCCAACCUGACCCAGUGGUUCCAGAAGCCCGACUUCGAUCUGUUCUCUGCGUAUGUCGAGCGGCGCCACCUCCGACCCGAGCAGCCGUUCUACAUCCUGCACCCGGACUUCAUCUGGACUCUGUGGGACCUGAUCCAGGACAACACCGAGGACCAGAUCCAGCCCAACCCGCCCUCCUCAGGGUUCACAGGCAUCCUGCUGAUGAUGUCACUGUGUCGCGAGGUCAGCGUGUACGAGUUCGUCCCGUCGGUGCGUUGCACCGACCGCUGUCACUACUACGAGCUUUACCGGGACGACGCCUGUACGCUGGGAGCCUACCACCCUCUGAUGUACGAGAAGAUGCUGGUCCAGAGGAUCAACCAGGGGGACCAGGACCAGCUCAGGAGGAGGGGCAAAGUCUCUCUGAGGGGGUUCAGAGAGGUCCGGUGUGGGUCUUGAUCCUGAUCUAACACGCUGAGGGGGUUCAGGACGGUCCGGUGUGGGUCUUGAGCUAGUUUUUUUAAAAUUUUUGUCAUUCUUCACACCCGCUGUAUUCAUAGCUAACACCAUUUCCCAGCUUCAUUAACUCUUAAUUAUUUUUCUCUCUUUGUGUGAAACCAGUCAGCUGUGAAACCAGUUUUAUAAAUAGACCCUCGGGCCCCUGAAUGCAUCAUUAAAGACUUGAAACGCUGCCAAAAUGUGUCCUGAACCCGACAAUUAACAGGUUUAACAAAAGGUCAAAUAAAAUAUCCAUCUAAACUUGGUUUAUAAAAGUAUGUUUGUGGUAAAAAAUGUGUUUAAUAUGAAUAAUGAUAAUAAUAUAACUCGGCAACAAAAGUGUUUAUUUUUUUA